AUGUCUUCCUCGUCAGCUUCAGAGUGUCCGCUCUCUCCACUUCGAGAGAAUAGAAACUACGGUGGGCUUUACUACCGUCCUAUAUCGGCCUUUGUUGAGAAUGCGUCGAUAUGUGCCGAUUGCAGUAUACUGUUACAGGCCGUAGAAGUGAUUAAACCAGGCUGGGUGAGAGAAAACUACAAGCAUGGAUUAGUGAAUGUGGAGCGAGAAGGAGCAGACGACGACUUCGAUCUGGUCGUGCCUACGAUGACUCUGGGUAUUCGGCCACCGAAGGAACUGAGGGAUCCCUUCUCCAGAGAAUUGCAGCAUAGUUUCUCCUUCCAUCUUCUACGACUGUCGACUAGCCCUGUCUACAGAUCCUUUGAUUUUCGUGCCGUGCGCUUUGUGGGGCAAGCACUUUCUCAGUCUCUGGAGGUUAGCAAAGACUCAGGCUCCUCGGCUGCUUUUAAUCGCGCCAGACAAUGGCUCUCACAUUGCGUGCAGCAUGAUCAAGCUUGCCAGCCCCCGGACACAGAAUUUAUGCCUCGGCGCCUGGUGAACGUAGGCUCGUGGGAUGGAUCCCGGGAACCUUUCUUGUUUGAGCCCACGACACCGGUAAUUUAUGCCUGUCUCAGCUACUGCUGGGGAAUCGAUAUCGACCGGGUAAUGAAAACGACAACCGAUAACAUUCAUUCCCACUAUCAGAGACUCGAGCUAGCACAAUUGCCGGCGGCCAUCCAAGAUGCCAUCGCCGUUUGUCGUGCUCUCAAGAUCCCCAACCUCUGGGUUGACUCCCUGUGUAUCAUUCAGGAUGAUAAGGUUGCCUGGUUGCACGAUGCGUCGACCAUGCAUGACGUGUACCACAAUUCCCAUCUAACAAUUGCGGUCAUGGAGCCAAAUUCGUGUAAAUUGAGGUUCCUAGGGAAACAGCAGUUCGGCGACCAUAGCUGGCAGAGAUUAUUUUGCCCUACCCUACCAGAUUUGCCAGAAGAUACAUCUACAGAGCUGUUGAUGCGACCGGGUAAAUUCAAGCCCCGAUCCGAUACUGAGCGAUCCUCCCUGGAUAAGCGAGGCUGGUGUCUGCAAGAAUCACUUUUGCCCAACCGUCGGCUCUGUUACGACGGCAAGGAAAUGAUCUGGGAAUGUCUAUGUCGCCAGGUCUGCGAGUGUGGACAUGUGGUCGAGCCACAGAUUCCACGUAAUACCAGUAAAGAUUAUGGCAAGCUUGGAACGACACUCAAAACCCACCUCCCAGAGGCAGAGCCUCCAUUCGAUAGAAUGAACGGAUUCCGCUUCAGGCAUUGCUCGCCGUCCAUGAUGCCAUAUUUCGGAUGGAGGGACCUUGCAACCGACUAUUCCCAUCGCUCGCUCAGCAAAAGAUAUGACGCGCUGCGGGCCAUUUCGGCAUUGGCCAAAAUGGUUCAAAAACGGCUACCCGAGAAAGACGGAUUGUCUGACGAGUAUGUGGCUGGGUUAUGGAAGGGCGAGCUCCAUUUCGAUUUGUCAUGGGAAGUCAAGCCAGUCGAUGCCCAUGACGUGCCUCCAUCUACUGGCCUUGAAGACGAUAACGAGACCAGUUAUCGUAUCCCAAGCUGGUCAUGGGCCUCUGUGGGGAAACCAAUUACCUACUCUUUUACUGACGCUUUUCGAAUCUGGAAAUAUGAGCCCGAAGUCAUCGAUAGAUGUCAGAUAAAGGUGAUUGAUUGCAAAAGAGAGGUGCCAGAAGAUCCGACCAGUGCUGUUAUCGGGGGUUCCCUUGUUCUACAGGGUGCUUUUGCCCCCGUAAAGCUUGUGAAUGAGAACGAGAGAAAAGUUGCAUAUGUACAGUCUCCAGGCGCGCAGACCUUACCGAUCUCUCUAGACUCGCCGGCCCUGGUCGCCAAUGGAGACGAUCAAUAUUACUGCUUCAAAUUGUUCACACUUGUGGGUUAUAAUUACGAUCAAUUUGCGAUGGGCCCAGAGACAAGAUUUCUUGUUCUGAAGAGAUCCACAUAUAAGGAGGGUGCUUUUGAAAGGAUCGGCACUGGUGUUUGGGAUGAUAACUUUGGGGGGAAGAGGCCGUGUCCUUUGUUUGUAGAUGUCGAACCUGUUGCAGUUGAGAUGGUAUAG